ACUGGAAGAUGCAGCAGCAGUACUCACUAGCUCUUGGAGAGCCCAUCCUUUGAGAGGUCUCUUAAAAGUUAACUACACAGAUCUCAAACAAUCUAUAACUAAAAAAUAAAAUGGAUAACAGGUGUCAUUGUACAUCCAGCAGCGACAGGCUUUCGAAUCCUAUCCUGUUCAACAUCCUGAGCCAAAUGGAUAACAGCAAGCCAAACCAAAACUGCUUCAACUACAAUUCAAUACCUCACAGAUGCAACUGUGAGCUGCGAAGGACAGUGUGUUUGAAAAGGCCCUCCGAGGUCUGCAAAGAAGCGUCAGCAGUUCUGGUUAAGACUGUUCAUUUCAUGAAGAAUUUACCUGCUUUUAACCAGAUGCCACCAAAUGACCAGUUCUUACUUCUGAAAAGCUGCUGGGCACCGCUCUUCAUUCUGGGUCUGGCCCAGGAGCAAGUGAAUUUUGAGGUGACGGACACACCUGCGGACAGCAUGUUGAAAAGGAUUCUCCUAAACCGCCAGGAGAGCCUCGAUAUGGAGAGGGAGCAGCCUACCAUGUCGGGGGUCAGCAAACUCAGGUCCUGCCUUAAAAAGUUUUGGAGUUUGGAUUUGAGUCCAAAGGAGUAUGCAUACCUCAAAGGAACCACGAUAUUCAAUCCAGAUGUCCCAUAUUUAAAGGCAGCAGUUUUUGUUGAAGGCUUGCAGCAGGAGGCUCAGCAUGCCCUCAGCGCGAUGGUCCAGCUCCUUCACCCAGGGGAUCAGGAACGCUUUGCCCGGAUCCUCCUAACAGCCUCCAUGCUGCAGAGCAUCACACCUAACCUCAUCACUGAACUCUUUUUCCGACCCGUAAUAGGCCAGGCUGAUCUGCUAGAGCUGUUGGCGGACAUGCUCUUCUGCCGAUAGACGAGGACGGGUGGACUGACUGCUAGAUGUUCUGAAGAAAGUUAAAUCCAAUGGUCUUAACAGUGUUGAUGCAGGACUUCUCGCUGACAAACCUCAACAAUGUUUCCUCAUUAAAUGGAAGAAUUUUCUUGACAGUGGACUCCAAAAAAAAAAGCAAUUACAAUAGCCAAUAAAACUGUGAAUUGGUGAAUAUGAAUUGCUUGUAUUGCAUUGAAGCUCAGGUCACUUUACAGACUGAAAAUCUUUUAUCCACUGAAGUUGAAAGACUGUACCCACUGUUGUGGAAGAUAUUUUCUUAAUGUUGUAAAUAUGUCUACAUAUACAGAACUUUUCUAAUAAAUAUAUUUUUGUAAAUGAACAUUAUAUUGAUGUUUUGUCUCUGUGUAUUUUAUGUUCUUUUUAAGCCCUGAGAGGUGAGUCUUGAAUAAAGCAUACCUACUUAGAAAUGUUUUUGUAAAACAUUAUGACUGGUUAUUUUCUUAAUUGAAUUCAGAGGCGUCUUUGAAAAUGUAAUGUGACACUGAGAAAGUUGGUCAUACUUUUUUGGUAUUGCUUAAACCCACAUUAAGAAACCACAUCUGAUUCAUGCAUGCCGUGUUCUCCUUCUCGUUUUACCAGCUUGUCCUGAAACCAAACUGUGAGUUCAAUAUAUCAGAGGUGAGUAUUUUCCUCUCCAGUCGAGACUUUAAACUCAUGUGAUAACCACUUUUCGCAAAGGUCAAGCGACUUAUAUAUAAAACAGUAUAUAUCUAGUCAGUAAAACCCCUUUUGUAUGUCACAGAUGUUAAAGCAUUACUUUAGGUACUUUGUCUCCCUCUCAUGGUAAAAAGUGGACUUCUCAUGUUACAAUAAAAGCUAUGAUCAGGAAGACGCAGUGAAAAAUGUAACCUGCCAUUGUUGUUUAAAA